AUGCCAAACCUCCUACCAGUGCCCCUACCCCUGUCUCCCCAUCAUCCGAAACACCCAUCCCCCCGGAGACUAUUCCUAAGCCAUCGCCUAGUGAGCAAGGUUCGAUUCCUAUCGUCAAUUGAAUACAUCGACUCCUCCGAUGCUAAAGUAUGCGCAGAUUCUCAGACUCCUCCACCACCCCCACCCGCCCCGGCUCGUAAAACGGGACGUUUCCGAAGAUUCCUUCUCUACCUGAUUCUCACAUCUGGUUUCGCCUACGGUGGAGGUGUCUUCCUUGCCUUGAAGUCUGACAACUUCCAUGACUUCUUCACCGAAUACAUUCCGUACGGUGAAGAGGCCGUUCUUUACUUCGAGGAACGGGACUUCUAUCGUCGUUUCCCGAACACCCUGAAGGGCCAGGCCCGCAUCUCUGGACACAAGGAUGAGAGCAAGAAGGUUACAAUCCCAAGAGAGAGUGGCCUGACUUCGAAGGCUGCAGAGGAGCAGGGUUCUGGAAGCGAUCUUUCCCAAAAAGGGCCCCAUAUGAGUGCUGUCAAGGGUGACGAAGCCCAAAUCAAGACCGAGAGUGCUAAGCCUGAACAUAAGACUGCCGCCGUGGAGAAGGCGAAGAGUGACAAAGCCGCUAAGGAUCAGGCACCCAAGACCAGUGAUAAGAACGCCGAGGAACCUAGACAACCAGCACUGCCUGCCGUGACAACCUUGGAAUUUGCUCAGGUCAAUGAGGGAGAUGAAGCCAUUGUGCAAGAGUUGGUGAAGACUUUCAACGAUAUUAUCACUGUUAUUAGUGCCGAUGAGAACUCUGGCAAGUAUUCUACACCUGUCGCCAAAGCCAAGGAGGAGCUCCAGAAGAUUGGGGAGAAGAUCAUUGCCGUCAGAGAAGAAGCCCGUCGCGCAGCGCAGGAGGAGAUCACCAAAGCCCAUGCCACCUUCGACGAAUCUGCUCGCGAGCUUAUCCGCCGGUUUGAGGAGUGUCGCGCGGCUGAUGCUGCUCAGUUCCGGGAGGAGUUUGAGUCGGAGCGGGAGAAGCUGGCUUUUGCUUACCAAGAGAAGAUCCAGACUGAGCUGCAGAGAGCUCAAGAAGUUGCUGAACAGCGUCUUCAGAAUGAAUUGGUUGAACAAGCCAUUGAACUCAAUCGCAAGUACCUCCACGAAGUGAAGGAUCUUGUUGAGCGAGAGCGUGAGGGCCGUCUUAGCAAGCUUAACGAACUGACCGCCAACGUUAGCGAGCUGGAAAAGCUUACUAGCAGUUGGAAGGACGUGAUCGAUACUAACCUGAAGACCCAGCAACUUCAAGUCGCUGUGGAUGCAGUCCGCUCCGUCCUUGAGCGCUCUUCGACCCCUCGUCCAUUUGUUCGGGAGCUUGUUGCUGUGAAGGAACUGGCUGCCGAUGACCCUGUGGUUGAGGCUGCGAUUGCAUCUAUCAACCCUACAGCAUACCAGCGUGGCAUUCCCUCGAAGUCUCAGAUCAUUGAACGUUUCCGCCGCGUCGCUGAUGAGGUUCGCAAGGCAAGCCUUCUGCCUGAGGAUGCGGGCAUUGCUAGCCACGCUGCCAGCCUCGUCUUGAGCAAGGUCAUGUUCAAGAAGGACCCUGUCGCCCACAGCGAUGAUGUUGAGAGUGUUCUUGUUCGCACUGAAAGCCUCCUGGAAAAGGGCGACCUUGAUGCCGCUGCACGUGAGAUGAACAGUCUGAAGGGGUGGGCAAAGAUUUUGAGCAAGGAUUGGCUCGGAGACGUGCGCAGGGUCCUGGAAGUGAAGCAAGCACUAGAGGUAUGGUUCCUAAACACAAAGUCACUUCUCGUCAACAAUUCCAAGCUAACUCAUUGA